AUGCCUCGCAAAGCCAAAACCACUCCCACCACCGGCGACGGAGAAGCGCCACAGGGCCUCACCGACAACGAACUGCGCUUCAUCAAAGCUGUCUUCGACAACAUGACGCAGAAGCCCGACGCAAACUGGGACAGCGUGGCAACUGACCUCGGCCUCAAAGAUGCCAAGUGUGCCAAAGAGCGUUUCCGCCAGAUGUCUGUUCGUCAUGGCUGGCGCGACCAGACUGCCCCUGGCGCUGGAAGUCCUCGCAAGGCAGCCAAGAAUGGUGCCACGGGGCCAUCAGGGGAUGGCAAGGUGACUAAACGGGCUCCCAAGACGCCUACUAAGAAGGCGAAGAAGGAGGAUGAGGAUGCUGUGGACGAUGAUGAUGUUGAUCUGAUUGGGCAUGGGGAUGGAGGUUACGAUGAGGAUGUUAAGGAGGAUGAAGACGAGGAGAUUUGA